AUGCCAUACUCAGAGAUAAUGCAAGAUCCUGCAGCGGCUCACGCAGUUGCAGCUGAUGUCAAAAGUGCUGGUGUGAUGGGAGCUGCGUCAGGACUAGCUAAAAUAAUCUAUGCUAAGUAUGAGCCCACUGCCAAGAAACGUUACACCAAGUACGAGCCAAUGGCCGAGCAAUAUGCUGCAUCAGAGAAGGGAUACAACGCUUUAUAUCUUCCAUUGGUACCUACUGAGAAGAUUGCAAAGGUAUUCACUACUCAGUUUGUGGCAAACUGA